AGGAAGGCUUUGUGUGGUGACGGCAUCUUAAAGGACAAGAGAGGAAGGGAGGGAGUGUGCGCCAGGCAUGGGGACGGUCCGUGCAAAGGCGUGGAGAUGGGAGAGCGAGGGACAGAGGGAAGGUGCUCUUGGCUUCAUUGCAGGGUCGGGUUCAGUGAGGCUGGGAAGUUGUUCCCCGAGGAAGAUGGAAGACCUGAGGGACUGGACGGUGGAGGAACUAGAGAAGUUGCAGGAUGACCCCGAGGAGAUUGACCGUCUGGUCAUGGAGUCACCCGAGGUCCAGGACCUGCAGCUAGAGCGGGAGAUGGCGCUCGCCACCAACCGGAGCUUGGCCGAGCAAAACCUCGUCUUCCAGGCGCCCCUGGAGAUCAGCCGCUCCAACCUCUUAGACAAGUACCAGGAGCUCCAGAAGCUGGUGGAGAAGUGCCAGGAACAGAAGGCCAAGCUGGAGAAGUUCUCUGCAGUGCUGCAGCCAGGAACCUUGCUGGACCUUCUGCGGAUCGAGGGCAUGAAAAUCGAAGAGGAAUCGGAGGCCAUGGCUGAGAAGUUCCUCGAGGGGGAGGUGCCCUUGGAUACGUUUCUUGAGAACUUUGCCUCCAUGAGGAUGCUGUCCCAUUUGCGCCGAGUUCGAGUGGAAAAGCUGCAGGAGUUGGUACGGAAGCCCAGGGUUUCCAAAGAGCCAGCCAGGCCCACGCUCCCACCUCAGCCAGCUAUUGAGACGACCACUGCUGUGGCAGAUGCCGUGCCUGCCGCCGCCUCGCCUGCCCCUCCUUCGGCAGGCCCCGCCUAUCCACUCCCCUACAGCCCGUCUCCUAACUUACCGGUUGGUCCCACAGCCCAAGGAGCUCUACAGCCAUCUCCUUUCCCUGUCACCUCCCAACCCUCCUUCCCUUACCAUGUGCCUUCUGGCCCUGGCUAUCCACCAGCCCAGCCUGGAGGGGCGGGCACAGGGCGCCCCUGGUCCCCACACUCAUCUUCUGGACCGGGAUAUCCUCUGUCUCAAUCUGGGAGCUCAUCUUCUGGACCAAUGUAUCCCAUGGCCCGAGGCCCAGCCCCUAGUCCAGGCUACCCUCAGCAGUCUUAUUUCCCAGCAGGAGGAAGACCCCCAUACCCAACUCAGGUGCCUCCCUACCCGACCCAGGCCCAGAUGCCGAAUUUUCCAAGGCAGCCCAGACCCUCAGGUCCUCAUCAACCCCCCUACCCCACAGGCCCUGCUCUUCCCUAUGGGUUUUCCACACCCCAGGGACCCGCCUGGCCUGGGUAUUAGACACGAUCCUCACACAUUGCCUCCCCUCACUUCCACCUCGUGCCACAGACGUUGGUUCUGCCAUGCUGCCUCCUAAAAUUUGGGUUAAAGAGCUGU